AUGGGCAGUCCCAAUAGCAAGAUGGAAGGUGGCGACACAGCGGCGAGGCUGAGCACCAACAGUGAACGUUCGAGCUUUGACUCCACUAGCAGCCAAAACAUUAUAAUCUUUGACGAGAGCGGCGACGAGCGCGCGCCCAUUAAGCUGAUUGAGGACCACUACACGGCCAGGACGGAGCAGCAAAAGUCUCAGGAGGAAUCGAGUGUGCAAACGCAGGUGUUCCGCUCAGAGGACGUGGACGGCAGUGUCGUGACCAAGACGGUCCGCACCACCGGGAUGACGACGCGCUCCGAGUCGGGAGACUUUGACACGACUAUUGAGGUGCAGACCACAACUGAGACGGAAACUAAGGACGGCAUCAAAAGUACGUCCGUCACCACGGAGACUAGCAUGAAGACGGUCGCCAGCCAAGGCACAAUGUUUAUGAAGGAAGGAAGUGUGGAGAGCGACGUCCAGAUGCAGGUGUUCCGCACAGUGGAGGAAGAUGACAACUUCGUGACCAAGACGGUGCGUACCCCUAGACGAACAGUACUGAUGGACGACGUUGCUACGACCAUGAUCGAAGUGGGGACGACGACGGAAACGGAGAAUAAGGAUGGCGCCAAGAACACCAGCGUGUCAACGGAGAUACGAACGGAGGCAGGAGGAAACAACUCGGAUCACUGUAUUGACCUAGGUACUGAAGAGAAGACCUCUCUUUUUGCGGCAAGUCAAGAUGCUACCGUCGACUUGGCGGAGAAUGAGGAAGGGAGCCAUCGCCCAUUUUUGUUUAGAAAACAGCAAAAGUGGUGCCCACAAUUUGUGACGUGUCUGGACCGUCACAACAAACGCAUUGAAAUGCUAUCCACGACGGAUUUUCUGCAGACUGCGCGUGAAUUUUGUCGUGAGAACCUUGCUGAAUUCCGUCCGGAACUUUUCGACUGCGGCUCGAUGGAGGCGAAUAUGGAAUAUUAUGGAAAGGUGGCGCAGCUUGCGGAUCAUUACCCAAUUGUAGCUGUGCAAAUGCUUGCGCAAGACUUUAAUGAUAAAAAUGUGUUGAUUGUUGACGAGCAUUCGCACGCUUUCGACAGCAACAAUCAUUUGCGCAAGGAGGUGGCGGUGUCCAUGCUUUGGCGCUCGAAAUCCGAUGCUUGCAAAGUGUUUGACGUCCUUCUGGUUCUGAAGGGCGGAGAUGUGGUGUACCAUGGGGCUGGCGAGGAAAUUGAGGAGUACUUUCGCGACUUGGGGUAUUAUUGUGCCCCUGGACAGCAGGUAGCACAAUUUUUAUUGAGCUUGGCUGCUGAGGAAGGAGACCGCUACCGUAUCACGGUACCUAGUUCUAGGCUGCAUGGCACUUUCAGUCACUUUAUUAAACCCUUCGUUCUCAUGAAAGUUGCAGAUGAUACUGCUCUCAUUGCUCGAGGAGACACUACAUAUGCCCGUCAACCUACCAUCGACAUUACCCCGUGUCAAAACAAGUGUCCAUCCUCAACAGACCAUCAUAUUAUUGCCGCGCCCCCAAACGUUGUUGCAGCUGUGAAUGUGUCGGAACAGACUGGCGCUGCACCAGGCGGGUCGGUGAAGACGGAGGUGUUCCGCUCGGAGGAAUCGGACGGUAGCAUCGUGACCAAGACAGUCCGUACCACGAUUCACACUGUGAAGUCUGACACGGGUGCGCUAGUGACGACGAUCGAUGUCGAGACGAUGACCGAGACGGAGUCUCGGGACGGCACAAUGAGUACUACGGUGGCGACAAGGAGUGACAAAAAGACGGCGACGGAGGCAAGCAGACUCACGACGACAUCUGCUACUGGUGCUGCAGCUGUGAAUGUGACGGAGCAGACUGGCACUCCACUAGACGAGCCGGUGAAGACGGAGGUGUUUUGCUCGGAGGAAUCGGACGGUAGCAUCGUGACCAAGACAGUCCGUAUCACGAGCCACACUGUGAAGUCUGACACGGGUGCGCUGGUGACGACGAUCGAUGUCGAGACGACGACCGAGACGGAGUUUCGGGACGGCACAAUCAGUACUACGGUGGCGACAGGAAGUCACAAGAAAACUGAGGAGACUACGACGUCUACGACGAUAUAUUCGGAAGUAACGACUGCUUCCGCUGAGGACCCGGCAAAAAUUACCGCAUUUUCGGCCGUAGCGUCAGCCCCAUUCACCGAAGAGACGAAGAAGACCACAAAGUUUAUAAUGGAGACGUCUGAGGAGGUGCCUGAGGAGCCGUCUUCUCAGGAUAUGGCGAAGACCGAGGAGACCACAACGAUAACGACCGUGACGGAAAUGACGUCGGUGCCUUCCACCGAAGAGACGGUAGAGGAAACGACGACGUUCACGACGGAGACGUUGGAGGUGGUGCCGGCACGUUCCAUUGAUAAAUUGGAGGAUAUUACAAUGGAGACGACUGAGACAACGGAGACGUUUGAGAUGUUGUCGGGGGAACCAUCCACUCAGGAAAUGGCAAGAACCGAGGAGACCGCGACGGGGACGUCGGAGGUGGAGUAUGAGGAGCCAUCUACUCAGGAUAUGGCGAAGACCGAAGAGACCACAACGAUAACGACCGUGACGGAAAUGACGUCGGUGCCUUCCACCGAAGAGACGGUAGAGGAAACGACGACGUUCACGACGGAGACGUUGGAGGUGGUGCCGGCACGUUCCAUUGAUAAAUUGGAGGAUAUUACAAUGGAGACGACUGAGACAACGGAGACGUCUGGGAUGUUGUCGGAGGAACCAUCCACUCAGGAUAUGGCAAAGACCGAGGAGAUCGCGACGGAGACAUCGGAGGUGGGGUAUGAGGAGCCAUCUACUCAGGAUAUGGCGAAGACCGAGGAGACCACAACGAUUACGACCGUGACAGAGACGACUUCGGUGCCUUCUACUGAAGAGACGGUAGAGGAAACGACGACGUUCACGACGGAGACGUUGGAAGUGGUGCCGGCACGUUCCAUUGAUACAUUAAAGGAUAUUACAAUGGAGACGACUGAGACAACGGAGACGUCUGAGAUGUUGUCGGAGGAAUCAUCUACUCAGGUAAUGGCGAAAACCGAGGAGACCACAACGAUUACGACCGUGACAGAGACGACUUCGGUGCCUUCUACUGAAGAGACGGUAGAGGAAACGACGACGUUCACGACGGAGACGUUGGAAGUGGUGCCGGCACGUUCCAUUGAUACAUUAAAGGAUAUUACAAUGGAGACGACUGAGACAACGGAGACGUCUGAGAUGUUGUCGGGGGAAUCAUCUACUCAGGUAAUGGCGAAAACCGAGGAGACCACAACGAUUACGACCGUGACAGAGACGACUUCGGUGCCUUCUACUGAAGAGACGGUAGAGGAAACGACGACGUUCACGACGGAGACGUUGGAAGUGGUGCCGGCACGUUCCAUUGAUACAUUGGAGGAUAUUACAAUGGAGACGACUGAGACAACGGAGACGUCUGAGAUGUUGUCGGAGGAAUCAUCUACUCAGGAUAUGGCGAAGACCGAGGAGACCACAACGAUAACGACCGUGACGGAAAUGACGUCGGUGCCUUCUACUGAAGAGACGGUAGAGGAAACGACGACGUUCACGACGGAGACGUUGGAGGUGGUGCCGGCACGUUCCAUUGAUACAUUAAAGGAUAUUACAAUGGAGACGACUGAGAGAACGGAGACGUCUGAGAUGUUGUCGGAGGAAUCAUCUACUCAGGUAAUGGCGAAAACCGAGGAGACCACAACGAUUACGACCGUGACAGAGACGACUUCGGUGCCUUCUACUGAAGAGACGGUAGAGGAAACGACGACGUUCACGACGGAGACGUUGGAAGUGGUGCCGGCACGUUCCAUUGAUACAUUGGAGGAUAUUACAAUAGAGACGACUGAGACAACAGAGACGUCUGAGAUGUUGUCGGAGGAACCAUCUACUCAGGAUAAUGGCGAAGACCGAGGAGACCACAACGAUAACGACCGUGACGGAAAUGACGUCGGUGCCUUCUACUGA